UAUUGUUUUACAUUAGCUUUAAUUAAUUGUCGAUUAAAGUAUUUAUUUAAAUUAAAAAAUUUAAUUAAAUAUUUUUUGUGCGUUACAAUAUGGAAAAUAAGGAGAAUUUAAUAAAAUUCACAUUAGAUAUGUGUGAAGCCGCUAGUAAAUGUGUGGUGGAUAUGCAUAACACAAUUUAUGAAUAUAGAAAACGACGUCAAUUGCAUCAAAGAAAAUUAAUGCUUAUAAAGAAAAAACAAUUGGCAUUGAUUUCAUCAAUACUCCUAAAUAAACGGAGGCAAUGCUGGGCUUUGAAAAGACCAAGAAAGUUUUGGGAAAAGGAUUGCCAAAAAAAUGGCCCUGAGUUCUUCAAAGAAAAUUUUCGCAUGAGCACGAGUUCUUUCAAAGAACUAUGCAAACUGCUGCAGACUUUGAAAAAAGAUGACACAAACUUUCGUAGAGCAAUUUGUUUGGAAAAACGGGUUGCAAUCGCUUUGUAUGCCCUUGGCUCAUCGAUUGAAUUUAAAAAAAUUGCUAAUCUGUUUGGCGUUGGAAAGUCAACAGUUUGCAAGUGUUUCAAUGAAUUUUGUCAAGAGGUAUGGAAAACUCUUCUACCUUUAUAUAUAAGCGCCCUGCCAUUAAACAGUGAAGAAGUACAAGAGCAAAUCAGCGGAUUCGAGCGCUUAGGCUUUCCGCAAUGUUUAGGUGCAAUAGAUACUUGUCACAUUAAAGUAAAACCAGAAUUUGACAACGCGGAUGACUAUUAUAAUUCUAAAGACUGGUACUCGAUGGUUUUAUUUGCUUUAGUCGAUUUUAGAUGCCGUUUUCUUUACAUCAAUGUUGGUAAUCCCGGAAGAGUAAAGGACUCUGACAUUUUCGAAAACUCGUCAUUAAAACAGCAAUUGGAUAACUGCAGUGUGCUAGAAGAAAACAGUAAGGUGAUUAAUGGUGUGAAAGUCCCAGUUUUGGUCCUUGGAGAUGCUGCCUUUAAAUUUUCUACAAGAGUAAUGAAACCUUAUAGUUGCGAUGAUAGUGCUAAUAUUGCCCAAAAAACAUUCAACAACCAAUUAUCUAAAUGUCGAAAAGUAGUUGAUAAUGCUUUUGAGCAGCUCAAGGCAAGAUUUCCAAGAAUAGGAAAGGGCAUAGAUAGCAAAAUCGAUAACGCCAGCAGUAUUAUACGAACGUGUUGCGUUUUACACAACUUUUUAUAUGAAAAUAAUGAUGUUGUGAACAAAGAUUGGAUACGUGAUUUUAAAACGCAACAGCAGGCUUCGGAACUACAGCAACCAGAAGAAAUUACAACAGAAAAUGACGACGAUAGAAAUGGAGAAAAAAUAAGAAGAUGUUUAGCCAGAUUAUUUAACACGCAAUCUGAAUCAUCAGAAAACGAAAUCGGAUCUGCAGACAGUGAUGAUAACAAUGAUGUAAAUAUUUACUUUGAGAGCGACAACGAGUAUGAAUAUCUCAAUGAUACAUCAUAAUUUAAUUAAAAAAUAAAAAAUAAAUUAGAUUAAUUUCAUUAAAUUUAAUAUAAUUCACCUCAGGGUUUUAUGUCCCAAUGAAGUUGUAUUAAAAAUGUGUAUAUUACUGUAUUUAUUUUUUAACAAAUUGGAAUACUAACAAUUUCUU